AACAAGAGUAAACGCCGCUUCCAUCACCACUGAACGGGAGAGAAAGACGGCAAAAGGGGUCGACCGUCACAUUUCCAGGCAGGCAGAGGCUUGGACGGGGGGGGUGAAUGUGAUGUACUAAGCAAGGGUAUUUUCUUUUGGCUUCCACUGACUCCCAGUUCUUUGGGGAAAAAGGAGAAAAUAGAAGAACUCAUCUGUUUGGAUAAAACUCCUGGAAGGCAGAUUCUUGAGAGGGAUUCUCUUCCUAUCUAACCAUGGAGAAUUCUCACACCAAGAGUGUGGAAGAAGUUUAUAGUUAUUUCAGCGUCAACGAGAGCACGGGACUGACUUUAGACCAAGUGAAACGGCAGAAAGAGAAAUGGGGUCCCAACGAAUUGCCUGCUGAGGAAGGAAAAUCUAUAUGGGAACUUGUCAUCGAGCAGUUUGAAGAUUUACUUGUGCGGAUUCUUCUAUUGGCAGCUUGUAUAUCUUUUGUAUUAGCCUGGUUCGAGGAGGGAGAUGAAACGAUCACCGCCUUUGUGGAGCCUUUUGUAAUCUUACUAAUUCUUAUAGCUAACGCCAUCGUAGGUGUUUGGCAGGAACGUAAUGCAGAAAAUGCCAUUGAAGCGCUUAAGGAGUACGAGCCAGAGAUGGGCAAGGUGUACCGUCAGGACAGGAAGACCGUCCAGAUGAUCAAAGCCAAAGAAAUUGUGCCUGGAGACAUUGUGGAGGUCGCUG